GUUUGUGCUUCAUGUCUCAUGAAUAGAAUGACUUUAAAUGUAUAUUCUUAUAGAUCUGUUUGUUUUAGUUUUAUUUUAUUUUUUCUCAACAUUAAUUGUCUAUUAUAUGUAUUAGUAUAAGUUAAAUUAUAUAACUUUUUUAGACAUGAACAAAAUUGGGUUAUAUAGAGAAGAAACAAGAAGGAAUUGAUCGAUCGGUCUUUUAUGAAGCAUACGUGAGUAAAGAAAGGAUGGAAAUGGAAAGAAUGGAAAGGAAAAAGAGUAGGAAAGAAGCGAAGGAAGUAACGAACGAAGGAAGGUGGAAAGGAACGACAGUCCGUGGCGAGGGACGAAUGGACGGAUGGCCGGGUAACCCAGAUCGGUUCAGUUCAGCCGAUCCAACAGAGACCGUCAGCCAGUACCGUCGCGGCCGUCGAACGUGAUUCCAACUUUUUGAAGAUUCCUUUUUUACUUGAACUCUAUUUUAAGUUUUUAUCGUUCUUUUUGGAGAUAUACCACAGGAUCAGUGCAAACAGGGAGCUUGCCAUUCGCUCACGUUUCAUGCAAGAAGACACAGUGUUGAUGACACGUGCAAGAAGUAAGAAAAGCGAAACGUUGGCGAGCCCGAGGGAGAUGCAGUUAUUAUAUGGAAGAAGAAGGUAUAAGAUGAUGACGAUAGCGUGGGUCCUCGUGAUCCUAACAAUGGCGAACGAAGUAAAGCUCAAUACUGUACAGUCCUCGUCCUUGAAUGUGAACGAGACCUUAACAAAUUCGGAGAACGAAGUAUUCGAUAUAAGCACGGACGAUCACCCUCAUAGAGUGAGUGGCAAACCGAGUAAGUUUGAUAUAGAUAUUAAUCAUGUGACGAUGAUCGAUGAUAAAUCAAGCUAUCAGAUUGAGUCUUCCAACACGGAGAACUCGACGAGGAGUUCGAUAGACGAAGAAGAGUCUUCUUCGUGCGAGCAAGAUCUUUGUGUAGGCGAGAAACUUUCGAAUCUUUUGGACGAACUGUACAAGGUCGACGAGUAUAAUGUUACGGAUUCCGUGCAGAUAAUACGAAGUGAAACCAACAACAAACCGAAGACUAAGAGGGAAUUUGAAAAGGAGUUCGAAAGGAGGUCUGAUCUUCUUGACGAGCUUCAUCGAUAUGCGAAAGAACACGUGGUUAGGAUCAAGAUCGAUCCCAAUACGAUCACCGGCAGAAAAGGAAGAACUUUCUUCGAUGCCCUCUUUCAGGGAAAGAGUACCUUUUUAACAGGAUUCGGACUUGGUUUUCUAGCGUUCGGCCUGAAGAAGCUCUUGCUACCGUUGUUCUUUGGCAUACAGAUUAUUAAGAGCGUCUUACUUGCUCUCUUUUUACCAAGUAUCAUCGGGAGUAUCGGUAAUAUCGUUGGCAAAGGUGUAUCAUCCUUCGCACAAUCUUCCCAAACUGUAACGGCUGCUCCUGAAGAAAACUUUGAGUUCAAGGACAACUUAGAUCUUUACAAUGACGAUUAUUUGACGCGACAGCCAGUCGGAACAUUGCCAGCUUCUACAUUAUACGAUGAGAAUAUGAUGCAGUCACAGAAAAGCCCAGAGAUUUCUUCUAGAUAUUCCUACGUUGAUCCAGCAUAUACUCAUGCUAAUACGAUUUCCGAUCGAUAUUAUAUGAGACAUGCGGCGCAAGGCUUCACGAAGAAACAAGAUUUCAAGAUCUUCCACGAGAUUCCAACGAGCUCGUUGCUCCUGACGAACUACGACCCGUUCUACUCACCUCUACUCUCGCGAUUGGAUGCUGUUUUCUAUCGACUUGGGCACACUAGUGAGGGCUGUAGAGAGUAUGCAGUCUGUGCAAUGUAUCGAAGUCCAGCACGAUACGCUCCGUAUUCUAAUCUCGUUUCUGCUCAACUCUCAAGAGAAUUAAACGAGCUGAGGAAACCUGCUAGUGAUAAUCCGGAUGUCUUGAGAUUUUUCCGGUACAUGAAGGCAGCCAAGGAUGGUCAAGAUGGUAUCAAUUGCGAAGACGUUUACGCUAAUUGUCCUACCGCCAGAGAGGAUCAAAAUCUGAGGCAAAAUCAGGCCAUGCUGGCGACCUAUCAGGACAUUGACAAACUCGUGCACGCUAGAAAACUUUGAAAGAAUAUUUGUUCUUUACGUAGAAUUGCUGAAUACCUUUACGUUGAUUCCUUAAAAGAACAAACAUUCGAUCUAUGAUAGGAUGACGAUUAUUACUAUUACCGUUGACAUUGUUACGGUAACCGUUAUCUGUAUGCAUCUGCGAUAUAAGUAGUAUUGUGCGAUUUUUCAUAAUAGAAGGAAAGCAGUUUUUGUAACAGGAUAUAUACUGCGUUCGUGAUAUUUUUUAUUGCAAAGAAUAGUUAAAGAAUAGUUAAGAUUGA